UUUCCCCUGGGGUCUUACCAAGUCCGGCUUGAAGUCGGCUAACUCGAAAAACCGAGUCUCUUUUAUCUAUACUGUUUAAUUUCAUGUCAUGCCGUAAGUCGUUUGUAACUUGCGGUUGUACAAUGAUAAAUUUCAUCAAGUUUUAUGAGGUACCUAGUUAUCACCAUUGACAAUGACAAAUAUUUCAAAUACUGACGUCGUCCGCUGUUGAAACAAUCGAGGGAGUUCUGUUGAAAAAUGUCAGAAGCAACAGCCACGAGUGGUCAGGAUGAGGAAGAAAAGAAUUUCGAGGGGUCCCCUCACCUGUCUGAGAAUCUAUCAGAGGAGGUGGCGAGUAUGUGGGAGAUACCCCAGAUGUACCAGUUUUUGUGUCUGGCAAAGGAGACACUCGGUAUACAACACCUGUCCAUGUACGAAAUGGAGAGAAUGCUAUUGAUGCCGAAGGCAUCCAAACAACUCGCCAGUAUCAUGACAUCCCUUUUGUGCCCACCAAUGCCAAAAUCCAAACUGCGAACUAUGCCACCGAUGCCCUAUCAAUUCUGGACGAAUUUACUCACACAGAAGGCACUCGGUUGGUUCAAAGUUUACCAGAGCAAGGAUGGCGAUACGGUUAAAGUUUUGGAGACAAUCGGGGUUGAGCCGGAAUUCUGGAAGAUAUUUUCCCAUCCUGAACUCAUAAGUGAACGUAAAUUUGACAAGUUGAGCCUGAGGGAGAGGGUGUGGCUACUUAAAACCGUCUGUGAUACUUUGAUACACUCUCGACGCUCCCUCCAGGAUGAAAUCGUUAGGAAUUAUUUAGAUGACGACAGUGAGAUGGUACUUGGAAAGGACAGGCAUGGCGCGAGGUACAUUUAUUUUCCAAUUUUCCUGGAUAACGAUCUCAGGGUGUAUCGUCACUGUCUUGAUAAUAAGAUUUUAUUGAGUCUCAAACCGGGCAAGAGGGAGGCUAAACCCAAGCCUGAAGUGCCCACCGAGAGGAAGAUGGUGAAGAGGAAGAGGAAGAGCUGGAAGUAUGGGAAAUUACCGACUAAAUCGAAAAAACGCACUCCUAAGAGUGAUAAGGAUAGAGGGGAGGUGAAGGGGGAGGGAAAGGAGAAAGUUGUGAGUGAAUUGAGGGAGAAAAAAAAAGCGAAGAGGGAAAACGAGGGCAAGGGGACAGAAACGAGGCAUAAAGUAGAGGAACGAAAUUGUGAUGCCAAAGCUCCGGAUGGACAGCCGAAGAGUGACGAGAAAAUUGGGAAGGAUGUGACAAUUUCUGGACCAGAAAAAUCCACUCAACCUCUCGCCAAGGGUGAUACCACUUCUCCGGCAGGGGAGUCUCGAGUUCUCAAGGACGACGUCUCCAACUGCUCGAAAACUGAUGACGAGAAGAUCAGUGAGAAGAGGGCGAGUCCACUCCUGGGGAAAAACUUGGAUCAGUCGAAGAGUGAUGACGAGAAAAUUGUCGAGACGAGGGCAUCUGGGAAAACGGAAAGGGAUGAGUCUAAAGAGAUAUGUGAGGAAUCCACUAGUACUGAGGGUAAUAUUGGAGAAUGCAUUAGAGAGACAGCUCGUGAUGCUGAUGACAGUACUCUUGAUAUGGAAUUGAAGAGUGUUUCCAGUGUUGCGUCGAAGAAGGAAAUUGAAGAGUUCAAACUUAUGAUAACGGAUCUGGGGGAGUCGAAUUUCCGGCUGGUGGCUGAUGGCUUGGACGCACUCAAGGAUCUGGUGGCGUGUUUCGUUGCGCAGAACUAUCCGGAGGGACCUGGGACGGUGGCGUGCGAGCUGCAGCUCAUCAAGAAACUCAAUGUCAUGAUCAAGGAGUUGGAGAAGGUCGAGGCAACUCUCAAGUUGUCGAAGAUCGAGGCUAAGGAGAAGUUGCAGCUUGAAUGGGAUGAUUAUCAGGAAAGUGAUAAGAAUGGGGGCCAGCCAGCUGAUGGGGAGAAGGGUUCUAAUACAUGGAUUAUUGGAUCGCAGGGGUGUCCUUUGCUUGCGAAUGGUGACACGUUGUCACAAUCCGGUGUGGAGGGGCAAUUCAGUGAGGGAGGAGUGAAAAUUAAAAUUGAGAAGAAGGAUCCUGACGAAGAAAGCAAUGGCUCAGAGCGUGAAAGUCGACGAGUGCUGCGUCGUCGGGGAAUCUCAUCCUACCUGGAGCCAUUCUUCACCUCCUCCGAGGAAUCAGACCAGAGUGAUCUAGACGGCUAUACAGGGACAGGAGUUGAAGUGCUGCCAGUUCCAACAGGGCACGUAUCACCCCCAGCAGAGCCAACCCCAUCCCGUCCCCGUGGUGAGAACUCAACAGCCGACGACUCAGACCAAGACUGGAUUCUCCCAGGUUCUCGUAAACGCAGGAGAAAACGCUCAAGCCCAAGUAAACGCUCCAAAUCCCUCCCCCACAAAUCACAGCCAAUAAAUUCACACGGUUCAACAACCCUCCACCCAGCGAGCGAUCCAAUUAGCACCGAUGCAAAAACCCGAAUUAAUCCCGUGAAUAAUGCAAUGUCCAUUCGCCCAGUGAAUAAAAUAAAAAUAACGAGUGUCCACUCGGAAUUGGAUAUCAAGGACGAGGGUCCAAUAAUCGAUACUGUAACCAGUGCAAGUGAUAAUUCAUUGAGCAAGGGUGUACAGCAGAACUACGUCCUAGUCAAUACAGGCAAUGGCCCAGUAAAUUACGUAGUGAUGCCCCAGGAUAAUCCUCAGUCACAGCCAGCCCCAAUGGUGUCGGUUGUGCCACCAGUGCAGCCACAGAAUUACAUACAGAGUUACAUUCAGAGCCCAGGGGGUUACAUCGUGCCCCACGUGGCGCCUUAUCGUCCACCCUAUCCCAAUCCACCGACUCUCCCACCGAUGAUAAUUCAACCGGGACAAGUGCUGCAGCAGCCCUACGUCCAGCAGCCCAACAACUACGUACAGUACCAACAGGCGGUGCCUCCGAUGACUGUGUCCUACCCUGGGCCAGUGCAAACACCUGUUUCCCAGUCUAUGGCAGGCCCUCGACAGCAAACACGAGAAAUUCAGAUUCGCUCCGUUGGGCCUCCACCACGACCCCAGCAUCCUGUUGGUGCUGUUAUCAGAAGUGCGUCUGUUCCAUUCAGGGGUGCAUCCAGACCAGCCGUCAGGAGUCGAGGGGCUCAACAACCUAGGCCUCUGCCCCGUGGGCCGAGACCUGCCACUCGUUAUCCCAUUGGCGGAAGUGUUAAUAAACCUGGACCGACUCCUGUUAAAUCCAAGACCACGUCAUUAAUUGUUCUCAGUGACAGCGAUGACGAGAUAGAAAUGAUUAUAACUGAGAAAACCAGUCCUGAGAAGAAGACAGAGUCUAGGUUGAAGCCAGUCAUAACUUCCGAGGUGACAGUGCCUGGGAAAAAUGUUUUGUCACCUCAGAUCAUUCAGCGAAUGAACCAGGGAGGUAUCUCUAUUACACCUAUCAGACCUAAGGCCCCUGAAAAACCAACUAUUGCUGGAGGCACUCAGCUCGUUGUCGUUGUUAAUGAGACUGGUAGUCAUUAUGCCCUCGCACUUCCCAAUGGCAGUAAGUUGAUACUUACGCCUGAACAAGUCGCACAAAUUCGAGCUUCCAAUGGUGGCAAACUUGUGUUGUGAAUUUGUACAUUUUUAAGGGCUUUGGGGGGCAUUUAAUCCUGGGGAAAAAGCCAUUCAACAAAUUAAUCCUGCAGUGUAAUCCUACUUCAUUUGAUCCGACCACCCGACCACAAUAGUUCUGAAAUGUAUCCUUCCAGCGGAUUACAACCCAUUGCUAAUAAUUUUUCCAUCCCUGAACUUUUCCCAUUCUCUUUUUCGGCUAAAUAUCUUCAGAAUCUCUGUCCCAGGAUUAAAUGGAAUGUAAUUAUGUGAUGAAUGCGUAAUAAUUAUAAAGGGGUACAGCAGAAUUUCGUUAUAGUCGCACCUCUCCUCAAUUUAUUUUUCGCAUAUCUUUCAGUUUCCCGACUCUACCUCCGGGCUACAAGAUAUAAACAACUCAUUAUUUUCUUACCGUGAGGAAUUGAAUUGCGGGAAAAGUAAAGCCGAAAUAGUACAUUUGGUAACAAGUGCGGAAAAGUGAUUUUUGUUUCGGAGGAUUAUCAAUUCGGAAUUUCCGAAUUUGCCUCCCCUACAGCCCCGUGCACGCGACUAUCACGGAAGUCGACUGUACGUGGAAUAUAUAUUUUUUUCUGUCGAACGAUAUUUAUUCAGUUUUUGAGGGUCACAUAUUCUCAAAAAUUAAGUGUUAAAAAUUGAGGGUGUGGGGCAGAAUUGAGAUUUUCGACUCACCAGAGAUAAGAAAUUGCGG